AUGUCGGAGGUGAGAGCCUUCGCGCUGAGCCACAUUAAGACGGAGGAAGGGCAGAUCAGCAAGAGAGCAGCGGAGAGCCGAGAAAUAGGAGGCAACAAUAAGGAGGCCAACAAGCAUCUCCGACCGCGGUCGGAUUGGAAUAAGCGACGCGACCGUUACAACAUGAAGGAGAGCAACUACCGACAGGCCGAUCAUGCUGGUCGCCCGAGGGGCGAGUGGACACGCAGCAAGGAAGAAGAGAAGUUCACUCCACUCAACGUUCCCAAGCGGCACAUACUGCAUGACGUUAAUAGCGCGUCACUUUUCGAGUUCCCAGCGGCGACUGACCGCCAGUUGGGACCCUACAAAACCGACUGGUGUGAAUUCCAUCAUACCCAUGGACACACUACGGAGAAUUGCUUCGUUCUCGGUAGGCAGAUUGAGGGCCUUAUCAAGGAGGGCCGUUUGAAAAAAUUCAUUGCAGGGAAGCAGGAUGAGGGCUCAUCUGAUAGGCGACGCAGGCGUGAAGGAGAAGACACAAGAAGAGGAAGGCGCGAAGGGAGGUCUUCCCCGAGAGAUCUUUCGGAAAAAAGUACAGAGACUCACCAGCAAGUUGUCCAUGGAGACUUCAACACCAUAGCGGGGGGAUUUGCUGGGGGAGGUCCGACAUCAGCAGCUUGGAAGAGAUACUCUCGGUCAGUGCUGUCGGUCUCAGAUUGGGCGCGACCUACUCGGCCAGCCAUCACAUUCUCGGACGCCGACUUUGAGGGUGUGUCUCCCCAUGAGGACGAUCCUAUAGUCGUUUCGGCGAUAGUCAUGGGGUACAAUGUGAAACGAGUGUUGGUGGAUCAAGGUAGCUCGGCAGACAUCAUGUUCUGGGAGGCCUUCGUCGGAAUGAAAAUUCCGACCGAUCGCCUUAUGCCAUAUGCAGGUACGUUAGUUGGUUUUGCAAGUGAUCAGGUAACGGCCAGGGGGUACACCGACUUGGAGACAACCUUUGGCAAAGGAGACGACAUGAAGACUAUCACCGUCCAAUACCUGGUGGUGAACGCCCAGUCGUCCUACAGCAUACUAUUAGGCCAACCCACGCUGAAUAAGUUGGGAGCAGUCGUCUCCACACCUCACUUGAAGCUGAAGUAUCCUUUGCCAAGCGGAAAGGUCGGGGUCCUAUGUGUCGAUCAAGAAGUCGCGAGGAAAUGCUAUGAGGACAGUUUGAGGGCGAGGAGGCACCUGUAUGUGACGCAGAUUGAUCGAGGUGUUCAAUCGAUCGAGUUAGAUCCGAGGAUGAUUCACUUCGAUUCCCGACCAGCCCCGGCGGAGGAUGUGAAGGAAGUUAGAUUGGCCGAAGGCAAAACGGUCAAGAUUGGUGUAUCUCUGGCUAAAGAAGACAAGGAAGGGUUGCUGACUGUGUUGAAGAGCAACGUAUCGGCUUUUGCAUGGAGUGCCAGCGACAUGCCAGGUAUCGACCCCGACUUUCUGUGCCACCGUCUCAUGGUCGACCCCAAUGCCAAGCCGGUGAUUCAAAAACGACGAAAGUUUGGGGAGGAUAAGAGGAAAGCCAUAGCUGAGGAGACGAAGAAGUUGUUGGUAGCUGGUCACAUUCGGGAAAUCCAAUACCCGACGUGGCUAGCGGACGUCGUAAUGGUACGCAAGAGCAAUGGGAACUGGAGGAUGUGCACGGACUUCACCAAUUUAAACAAAGCUUGUCCAAAAGAUUCAUACCCGCUGCCCAACAUAGAUUGUCUAGUCGACAACGCAUCGAGGUAUGAAUUAUUGAGCUUCAUGGAUGCGUACUCGGGGUACAAUCAGAUCAUGAUGCACCCUGCCGAUGAAGAUAAAACAGCGUUCAUAGCUGACCAAGCCACCUACUGUUACAAGGUGAUGCCUUUCGGUUUGAAGAACGCGGGGGCGACGUACCAGAGACUUAUGGACAAGGUGCUGGCCGAUCAGCUAGGAAGAAAUGUGGAGGCAUACGUGGACGACAUGGUUGUCAAGUCGCCUAGCGUGUCUCGGCAUUUUUCUGACUUGCAAGAGUCGUUCGACACCCUAGCACGCUACCAGCUCAAGUUGAACCCCGCAAAGUGCUCUUUCGGCGUCCAAGCAGGAAAGUUCCUCAGGUUCCUAUUGACUCAUCGCGGUAUUGAGGCAAAUCCCGAUAAGUGCUCCGCGAUAAUCAAUAUGAGAAGUCCCGCGAUGAUAAAAGAAGCCCAGCAGUUGACAGGGAGGAUGGCCUCCCUCUCUCGGUUCCUCUCAAAGGCAGCUGACAAGUCGUUGCCCUUGUUCCAAUGCUUGAGGAAGAACGAUCGGUUCGCAUGGACAGAGGAAUGUGAAAAAGCAUUUGGCGAACUCAAGCAGGCUCUCACCUCACCGCCAAUCCUCACCAAACCACAAACCGAUCUCCCUUUGCUGGUAUAUUUGUCGGCGUCCGAGAGCGCCGUCAGUACGGUCUUAGUGCAAGAAAGAGGUAACUCCCAACUGCCUAUUUAUUUUGUUAGCAGAGUGUUGCAAGGAGCGGAGGUUCAUUACCAAAAGAUCGAGAAGUUGGCACUUACCAUAGUGAUAAUCGCAUGGAAGCUCAGACACUAUUUUCAUAGCUACGAAAUGGUAAUCCGAACAGAUCACCCUAUCCGACAGGUGUUGCAAAAGCCCGACCUUGCUGGCAGAAUGAUGAAGUGGUCGAUCGAGUUGUCUGAGUUUGCGAUCAGGUACGAACCAAGAGGAGCCAUUAGAGCUCAAGUGUUGGCCGAUUUCUUGGUAGAGCUGACCCCAUCGGCUGAGGAGGACUCUUUCGAAGAAAGUAAGUGGAUCCUAUCAGUCGACGGAGCCUCGAACUUAGGUGGCAGUGGAGUAGGGAUCGUCCUUGAGGACCUAGGGUGUAUACUUUUGGAACAGUCGCUACGAUUUGAGUUUCGGGCUAGCAACAAUCAGGCAGAAUACGAAGCGCUAUUGGCAGGGAUAGCCUUGGCAAAAGAAAUGGGUGCAACAAGCCUUUCGGCCAGGAGCGAUUCACAACUUGUGACGGGGCAGGUAGCGGGAACUUUCCAAGCGAAGGAUCCCCAAUUAGCUCGGUAUCUGGAAAAGGUUAAAGUCCUGUCGGCUGGCUUUACCAAGUUUUCGCUGAAUCAUGUCCCUAGGAAGCAAAAUUCACGAGUCGAUCUGUUGUCCAAACUAGCAAGUACAAAGAAGCCAGGGGCUACUCGGCCGGUCAUCCAAGAGACGUUAACACAGCCGAGUAUAAACGAAGCGCAAGGGAAUGUCCUGUUCAUCCAGGAAGAGCUUGAUUCGUGGAUGGGACCGUACAUCGCAUAUCUCACUCGGGGGGAAUUACCGGAAGACAAAAGAGAGGCAUCGUUGGUGCAAAGGGAGUCGGUCAGGUUCGUAGUCAUCAAUGAAAGGUUGUACCGAAGGGGUUUUAGCUCUCCUCUCUUAAGGUGUUUGACCAUGUCGCAAGCACAGAGAGUGAUGGAUGAAGUACAUAGCGAAAUGUGUGGAAGUCAUAUCGGAGGCCGAGCUCUAGUGUACAAAGUUGCCCGAGCAGGGUACUUUUGGCCAUCUUUGAGGAACGACUGCGUCAAUUGGGUCCAAAAGUGUGAUGGAUGCCAAAGACACGCAACGUUGCACCAUUCGCCAACUGAGCGUCUUCAUUCAAUUUUGUCUCCCUGGCCCUUCCACAAGUGGGGCAUUGACAUUCUCGGCCCAUUUACGAUAGCCGUAAGACAACUGAAAUUCUUGAUAGUAGCUGUAGACUAUUUCAGCAAGUGGAUCGAGGCGGAGCCAGUUGCAACCAUUUCAGCAGAGAAGGUUAGGGCGUUUCUGUGGAGGAAUAUUGUGUGCAGAUAUGGCGUUCCGCAAGUGCUUGUUUAUGAUAAUGGGACCCAGUUUGGAGUACAAGAGUCCGCGAUUUCUGUCAAGGGAUCGGCAUCCGAAUGA